UAGAUAAUUAUUGAUGAUAAAUAAGUGUUAAGUGAUAAAUAAAGAAUUAUUGAUUUCAAAUAAACUAAUAUAAUAUAAAGAAUAAUUGAUUUAACAAUUAACAAACACAUGGAUAUCUGAUCGGUUUGCUAUUCUCAGGAUCUCAAGGCCAAUGAAGCAAACGCAAAGUCAUAGGAGGGAUCAGUACAUUUGUUUGUCCCGCGAGACAAUAUUUUGUAAGGCAAUCAUUGUGAUGUCGUGAUUGGCCAAUGAAUACACUGGCAAUGGGUUAUGCAUAAUUAUCCAAUUGAGAUUCAUAACUCUGUCACCAAUGACGACAUGCCCAUCGGGCAUAGUUCAUUCAUAUUUUAGGCUGUAGGGACAGGCGAAGCCCAAACAUUCGGCUUAACCACUUGUCAAAAGUAGAGUUUCCGAGUAGAGUCGUAAGCACAGACGCAGCAAAAGGUGGUGGAGGUAGAGGAGGUAGCAGACGCAGUGGCGGAAGAGUUUACAAGUCUCGAAUGCCUAUUCUGAUUCCUCACAGAAAUCCUGCCAGUGCUAAUUACUACGAAAAUAAAGAUGGGGCGAGAAUAGUGAAAGCUUCACACUUUGAACUGGAUUACAUGUUAGGAAGGAAGAUCACAUUUUUCUGCAUGGCUACUGGAUUUCCAAGACCUGAGAUCACCUGGUUGAAAGAUGGAAUUGAAUUGUAUCAUCAUAAAUUUUUCCAGGUGCAUGAAUGGCCUGUUGGCAAUGACACAUUAAAAUCAAAGAUGGAAAUUGAUCCUGCUACGCAAAAAGAUGCAGGAUAUUAUGAAUGUCAAGCAGAUAAUCAGUAUGCGGUUGAUCGUCGUGGCUUUAGAACGGAUUAUGUUAUGAUUUCUUAUUAAAAAAAAAAAAGUACUUCUUUUAUAAUUGCAACACUUAUGUCAAACAAUAUAAUUUAUUAACUUAAUAGCACAAGAUUUAGUGUUAUAGGUACUAAAUUUUUUUUUUAA